AUGGUAAGCAAAUUCCGUGAAGGGCUUGACAUGGCGGGGAAGUUCCUAGGGCUGAAUACGGCUCAGGGGGUGGCACACCUAGUGAGCUCCAGUCUGCUGAAAGCACGUCCCCAGUGGCUCCGAGAAGGAUCGGACAUCAGCCUUCAACAUGGGCUCUUCUCUGGUUUCUUCCGGCUGCUGGGAUUAGACCCAACUAAGCUGGGAGCUAUCGCCCUCAAUGCAAUAAUCUUCAUUGCGCAACUCAUCAGCAGCUCCUUGGUUGAGCAACCACUCCAGAAGGACUCAGCGCGCUCUGCUUACAGCACAGAACGCGAGGACUCCCCGGUCCGAUGGCUGCUGGACAACCCCACAGUACAACUUCGAGACCUGUUGUCCCGAGCUCAGGACCGACUGCUGACUGACCACGUGAUCAGGGCGAUCCAGGAACGCUACACAGACGACGAGACGGGGUGUGUCCAGUUGCUGGUGUGCAAGAGUUCUCCCUUCGUGCGCGGGAUGCAGAAGGCAGUGCGCGCUUUGUUGAACAACGAAGACGCGAAGGGUUGGAGCCGUCUAACUCCUAUGCAGAGAAUGUACAGCGAUCUGCCCUCCGUGGACGAGGUCACCGAGGAUGGUGACCAAUGCGAGGAACGUUUUCCUGCAUGCCAUAUUCUUCCGCCUGACGCAGCAGAAUUCUGGAGAAACUGA